UCUCCUGCUGGCUGUAUAGCGCGGGAGUAUUGUGUCCCUCCGCCGUUCGGGGAAUUCCAAUUGCGAGUGUGCGAAAUGAAGUAUUCUAUUGUGUUGGCGUUGGCGGUGGCCAUGGUCGGAGCAGUCCCCCGCGAAGGCUUCGGUCCAGGCAUGCAGGACUGGGGCUUUGCCGAGGUUCGGCCCGGUGCGCACAUGUUCUGGUGGCUGUACUACACAACCGCCGACGUGCCGAAUCAUGCCGACCGGCCGCUCGUCAUCUGGCUGCAGGGUGGUCCCGGUGCAUCGUCCAUGUACGGCAAUUUCGAAGAGCUGGGCCCACUCACGCUCGAGCUGGAGGAGCGUAACCAUACCUGGGUGCGGGACUACAACGUCCUGUUCAUCGACAACCCGGUCGGUACCGGUUUCAGCUAUGUGGAGGAUUUCUCGCUGCUCACCAAAACGAACGGCGAAAUUGCGGACGAUCUGGUGGAGCUGAUGAAGCAGUUCUACGACGCGCAGCCCGAGUUCCGCAACACCCCGCUGCACAUCUACGCCGAAAGCUACGGAGGCAAGAUGGCCCCGGAGUUUGCGUACGUGCUGGACAAGGCGAUCAAGAACGGUGAGAUCGAGUGCAAUCUGCAGUCGGUCGGCAUUGUGGCCCCGUGGGUGUCGCCCAUCGAUUCCGUGCUGUCCUGGGCCGAGUUCCUGCUCAACAUGGGCUACGUCGACACGAAGGGCUACAACGCCAUCCAGGCGUCGGCCAUCGAAACGGAGCACGUGCUGAACCAGGGCCAGUGGGAGCAGGCCACCAGCCUGUGGGGCAUGACGGAGAACGUUAUUCUGCGCGAGACGCACGGGAUCGAUUUCUACAACGUGCUGUUCAAGCAGGACUUUGCCGGGACGCGCUCGCAGCUGGAGCAGUUUUCGCGCGAUAUGCGAAGUGCUAUCGCAUCCCGUGCCACCCGCUUGGCAUCGGAGGAUCGCGACCAGAUUCUGCAAGAUCUGAUGCGCUUCGAGGUGGCGCCCGCCCUAAGCCUACCCGCCGAAUCGGUCUACGGUGCGCAGAGUGGUCGCGUGUUCAACACGCUGGCCGGUGACUUUAUGAAGCCCGCCAUCGACGUGAUGGAGCUGCUGCUGAACAACACCAGCCUCGAUGUGGUGAUCAUUACCGGCCAGCUCGACCUGAUCGUUGCCACCCCGGGCAAUGUGCGGUGGAUCGAGAAGAUUCAGUGGAGCGGCCGCAACAACUACCUGCAAUCGCCCCGCAAUGCCGUCGGCCAGCACGGUGUGCUGGAGGGGUACGAGAAGAGCUACGGCAAGCUGGCUGUGUACUGGGCGCUGCGUGCCGGGCACAUGGUACCCGCUGAUAAUCCCAUCCUGAUGGACCUCAUCCUACAGAAGCAUGUGCCGGUGCAGUGAGGCAUCGAGAUGACUCACCCGCUGGACUGACACACGAUCAUACAAUAAAGUUUUGAUAUUUGUAUCACACAA